AUGGACAGCCGAAAUCUUAGUAGCCGUCCGACUUCUAUUCGGUACAGCAGCCCGGACAAGGGUAUCAUCAUCCUUGAUAUCCCACGCACGCUGGAAGAGUGCCAGCUGCCCUCUGGUCACGAGACCAUUGUCACCAGACGCAUUCGUUCAGUUGAGCCAAUUGCACAGCCCUUUGAAACACCUGAACCUAAAGACAAUGGAUAUGCAAGCCAGAACAAGAGUGCCGCGGCACAAAUUGCCGACCUCAUGACCACGGCGACUAUACAGGAUGCUUUGGAACACACCCAUUCUUCAUUUCAUGAAUCCUAUUGCCUUCCGCGGAUCACUGACCAGGAGAAUGCGCCCAAUUCCCCAUCAGCCCCCUUCAUCCCCGAGAAUGCCACCUAUUUACACGGAUCAAUGCAGGAGUUGAGCUCGCAAUGUAGGGAAUCUGCGCCCAAAUUUAGAUUGGUUAUUCUUGACCCGCCCUGGCCAAACCGCUCCGUUCGACGUAAAACUGCUGGCUACAGCACGGCUUAUAAUAUGGAUGAAAUGGGCCAGCUAUUAUCACAUAUACCAAUUGCCUCCCACUUAUUCACGGAUGGCCUCGUUGCCAUAUGGAUAACUAACAAGCCUAGCAUAAUUGACCUUCUUUCCUCGCCUUCAGGACUCUUCGCCCAGUGGGGCCUUGAGCUGGUAACUGAAUGGACGUGGGUCAAGGUCACUGCGUCGGGAGAGCCUAUCUUUGACGUUGAGUCUUCUUGGAGGAAACCAUGGGAGAAACUCCUGAUUGCCAAGCGUACUGGGACCCCAACUCCUCAAGGGCUUCGAUCUAAAACUAUCUUGGCAGUCCCAGAUGUGCAUUCGAGGAAACCGAACCUGCGUGGACUGUUUGAUGCGCUGCUAGAACCUGGCUACGAUGCGUUAGAAGUGUUUGCACGUAAUUUGACAGCUGGCUGGUGGAGUUGGGGGAACGAGGUUUUACAGUUUCAGGAAGCGCACCACUGGGUUGAUCAAAAGUAA